AUGAUCAAGCUCAUAAGGGAUAGUUGUACUAAAUGUACGGCUGCAAGGUAUUUUAGGGGCUACAGAUAUAAUAAUACUAGAAAGUUUGCAACGGAGAAAGAAUUUGUGUCAUCUGCAGAUGUUGUUAUUAUAGGUGGAGGUAUAGCUGGCUGUAAUACUUUAUAUCAAUUGACAAAACGUGGUGUUAAUGCUGUUUUAUUGGAAAGGGCUAAAAUAACGAGCGGUACAACAUGGCAUACGGCAGGUCUGGUGUGGUCGCUUCGGCCUUGCGAUUUAGAAGUCAAAUUACUCCAGGAUUCGCGGACGGUCUACAGCAAUUUAGAGAAAGAAACCGGCGAUUACGCAGGAUGGAUAAACAAUGGAGGCAUGUUUAUAUCACGCAGUAAGGUACGAACACAAGAAUAUAUGAGAUUACACACACUGGGUAAAGCAAUGGGAAUUCCUAGCGAAGUUCUGGAGCCUAAUGAAGCGCAGAAAUUAUUUCCGUUGCUAGAUCCAUCUGUUUUCAAAAUGGCGUUGUAUUCGCCACAAGAUGGAACAAUCGACCCGGCUAUGGCUUGCAGUGCUCUCUUAAAAGCUGCUACUAAGAAUGGUGGAAAGGUAUACGAAGAUUGUCCAGUUCUAGAUAUACACUAUGCGCAUAAUCUUCUAGGCAAUAAAGAGGUGACGGCAGUACACACUGAUAAAGGAGUUAUCAAAACUAAAUGUGUUGUUAACUGUGGAGGAGCGUGGGGCCCACGUGUCGCCAGAUUCGCUGGUGUCCCUUCCCUGCCUAUCGUGCCAUUUAAACACGCUUACGUUGUUUGCGAGGCUACACCUGAAAUACGCGGGGGCCCUAAUAUCAGAGACCACGAUGUUAAUUUGUAUAUCAAAGUGCAAGGAGAGUCUUGCCAUGUUGGCGGUUACGAGGGAAAUCCUCAUAUGCUAGACCAGGUUCCUGAUCAUCUGCAGUUCCAUUUGUACGAUUUAGACUGGGACGUUUUCGGCGUUCAUAUGAAUAGUGCUGCGACCCUGUGUCCAAAAUUAGGUACAGUGGGCGUUAGAAGUACAGUCUGUGGACCGGAAUCAUUUACACCAGACCACAAACCUUUGUUAGGCGAAGAUCCUAAUGUGUUUGGUCUCUAUCACAACUGCGGGUACAAUUCUGCGGGUAUGAUGUUUUCAGCCGGUUGCGGUGUACAGAUGGCGGAAUGGAUUAUCACAGGAAGACCGAGCUACAAUAUGUUCACAUUCGACGUUCGUCGAUUCACGCCGGCUCAGUUGUCCCGGCCGCAUUGGGUUCGCGAGUGCAGCCACGAGUCCUAUGUGCGCAACUACAACAUAGUGUUUCCGAACGACGAGCCGCUCGCGGGCCGCGAUGCGAGCCACGACGCACUGCACCAGGAGCUGGUGGAUGAUGGGGCAGUGAUGCAGGCCAGAGCUGGCUGGGAGAGGCCCGGUUUCUAUAUGCCUGGGGAGAAGAUUCGAGUGCAGCAAUACGACUGGGGCGGCACACACGACUAUCCACGUAACCUAGAUCAACGUUACGAAGAGGUUUUAAAAGGCGACUACACAUUUGGCUUUUCAAAGUAUCAUGAUUUGAUUGGAAAGGAGGCCUUGUCCUGCAGGAACGCGGCUGCUUUGUUCAACAUGUCAUAUUACGGGAAAUUCUACUUGACGGGGCCGGAUGCGCAGCGGACAGCCGAUUUGGCGUUUACAGCAGACUUAACAAAGAAAGAAGAUAGGGUUGUAUAUUCAUUGCUGCUCAACGACAAAGGUGGAGUAGAAGCCGACGUCACCGUGAGCAUCCUUGAUGGCGGCAGUGGGCAACUACACGGCCCCAUUUUUAAAGGCCCCGGAUUCUACGUAGUAUCGAGUGGGUUCAACGCUAUGCAUACGUUGGCGCAUUUGAGGCGAAUUAUACAAACUCACAAGCUCAGAGCUAACAUAACAGAUGUUAGCAAACAACUCUGCAUCCUCAGUAUUCAAGGACCAGAUAGCCAAAGGAUCCUCCAACGCUACACAGACGCGGGUCUAUCAAACGACGCGUUCCCCGUAAACACUCAUCGCAGUAUUCACGUAUCGAAAGCACCUUAUUCCCCAGAGAAUAAGACUUACACUUGCAGAGCACUGCGAGUUGGCUGGUCUGGCGAAUUGGGUUGGGAAUUACACGUUCCUGCAUCCCACGCGGUGCAAAUAUACAAGGCUUUAAGCGCUGCUAAGGGCUUGAAGAAUGCUGGUUGGCGGGCUUUGACUUCGCUGAGUGCUGAAAAAGGUUAUCACUUAUGGAACGCUGACCUUCGGCCUGACGAUAAUCCAAUUGAAGCUAACUUAGGAUUCGCUUGUAGGAAGGGUGGCGAGUAUAUUGGUAACGAACAUGUCACAAAAGCAAAACAAAAUGGUGUUACGAAGAAAUAUGCCUACUUCACUCUCGACGAUAAGGUAGCACUUUAUGGUCAAGAAGCGAUAUUUAGAAACGGUGAACCAGUGGGAUACUUGAGAAGAGGCGACUAUGCGUACUACCUUGACAAACCUAUCGGUAUCGGUUAUGUAAGCAACAAUGGCUUAGAAGUAACGAAGAGUUAUUUGAAUGACGGUGAUUACGAGAUUGAAGUUAUGGGAAAGAAAUACAAAGCGACACUUCAUUUGAGAUCCCCAUUCGACCCCACUGGUCAAAGAAUACUUGGCAACUAUGGGGAACAGGGAAUGGAUGAAAAUACACAUGAGCCGCACGCCGGACAAAACGAAAGAGCUGGUGGCAGUGAAUAG